AUGUCCUCGCUUUCGCUAGGCCAGGGCGGCUGUGGAGAGGGAAACGUGCAGGCCGAGGCGGUUGUCGCAAGGAGAGACCAGAAGACACGACAAGAGAAGGAUCAAAGUGAACUCGAAAACGAUAAAGACGAACAGGGAGGGGCGACAGACGGUCUCGCGCCAGCAGCAAGUAGUGCCUCGCUAAGAGCUAUGUGUGGGGAGGCGAACAGGCUUCCUCCCUUGAAGCGGCGGUCUGUGUCUCGGAGGCAGUCUCUGAGAGAACCUGGACGAGCUGAGCACCUUUCGCCUCUUCCUCUUCCCCGCACAGAUGAAGAAACAGCUAAAGGCGUCUGGGCUCUCGCUACACUCAUGCUCCGUAUGCUGCUGCAGGUAUCUCUUCUCCUGCUCUUGGCUCUCGGAUGUUUCCUUCACGCCGUUGCUGCCAAGUGCCCGGCCCUGCGGCGCGCCUGCACGCCGUGGCGAGGCGGGGCGACGAGAACGCGGUCCCGCGUGCAUGCACUGCUGUCGAUCUUUCAUCUGAGAAACAGGAGGUCGGAAGAGGAGCUUGGACAAGAGAAGGCAGAGCCGCGGGAGUCGAAGGCUGCUGCGUCCUUGAGACGCGGGGAAGAGACGUGUGGUGCCACAAAGACCGAGCCGGAGCCACACUUGCGAGCUGACAAGCUACAUGCAUUCGUCCUCUUCCGAAGUGACGAACUUCUUCUUCUCGCGGCUGCAGCAAGUCCCCCGGUUGUCGCGCGGUCUCCCUGGAGGGUGUCGGUGCCUGCUGGGCACGUGUUUUUGCGUUCUGUCGCGGCCUUGUUUCGCGCUUGCUUGGAGACAGCCUCCGACGGGCCAGCAGACUCCGUGCUCUUCCCUUGCCUCGUCAGCGCCUUCGAGAGCAAAAUUCGCUUCCUCACUAUCUUCGAUUCGGCCGGCGUGUGUUGUCGCGAGCAGACCCUCUCUCGCCUCUUCGCUCUCCUGUCUAGUUGGCGCGUCUCCUUCCUCGCUGCGCCGCCUUCAACCCUUCCGCCUGGACCCGCGUCUCCACAUUCGACUCUCCACACGUGUGCCCGUCCUCUCUCUUCUUCCUCUCUUCCCUCUCCGUGUCUAUCGUCUCCGCUCCCUUCUUCUCUUCCUUCUUCUCGUCAUUCGUCUUCUCUUCCUUCUUCUCGCCCUCCGUCUUCUCUUCCUUCUUCCCGAGCUGCUGAGCGGGAUGCGCCGACGCCAGCGGCUGUCUCUGCGGCGUCUUCACUUGAUUCGCGUUCUUGCUCAGCUCGCUUCUCCCUCUCUGCUUGGAGAUGGCGCUCUGCCUCAUCGACUGGCAAAGGCGGCAGGUGUGGGGAUUCGUGCAUGCAGGAGGAAGCGAACUCUUUGUGCUGCGCUUGCCCAAAGGAAGGACGAACGCGCAGUCGACCCCGGCCGCUCUCGCCCUCGCGGCGUCACGCCUCCCUCGUUCCUGACAACCCGCUGUCUCUUUUUCUCGACUCCCCUCAGGCCUCUUCCUCCUUGACUAGCGUGCCGUCCACAACGGCCUCGUCAGCCUCUCUUUCUUCCUCUCCUUUGCCCCUCUCUUCUGCUCCUUCGAUGUCUUCAAUCUCUUCCGCUUCCUCCGCCUCUUCACCGUUGUCUCCCGCCUCUUCUUCCUCUUCCUCUUCCUUCUCUUCGUUCCCAGGGCGAUGCAGCGUCUGUCGGCCUUUGCCGGGGCCGCCGUUGCACGCAGCCGCUGGCCACGCACCUGUGUCUUUUCGUCUCCUUCGAAAGUCUUCAGCGUCGCGAAAGCGUGAGAGCCUUGAGAGCAAGGGAGCGCAGAAGGGGCGAGAGCCCUCGUGCGGUCUGCCUGUGUCCCCGGAGCAAGACAAAGGCGAAAGAGACAGUGGAGGUGAAUCGGGCCCAGACGAAUCCGAGGAAGGACAGGACAUGCUGGUGCGGAUUAUGUGCGGCUGUUGCGCCCAUGAGGACCUCGUUCGGUACUUUGAGGCGACGGGCGUUUCUUCCCCAGCCUGGCCGCCCUGUGGAGAGCCUUCUGGGCAGCUACUUCCCCAGUCUGUGUCCGUCGACGGCGAGGCGCGAAACGAAGAGCAACGGAAAAGUAGUCUCCCUCAAGACGCCUUGUCUCGCUCUCCCUCCUUCUCGUCUGUCUCCUUUGUUUCGUGCGCCUCUUCUCGCGCGGAUAACCCUGACUCUUUGCCUUCCUCUUCUGUUUCUUCUAAACCCUCUUCACGUUCUGCUCCUUUCUGUCCUUGCGUUUCUUCGUCGCCUUCCCUCCCCUCAGAACAGUGGAGAGGAGAGAACGAAGAUCGAGGGGAAACACGUGCGGCCAGCAGGCGCACAGGCAGCACAGACAGCAGUUCUGUGGUGAUUCGCGAGCGAAGAGAUGGAACGCCCUCGGUGUGUAUCCGGGCUCGGCUCGUUCGGAGUCGCCUUGGAGCGGCAGCUCUUCCGGCGGCGGAAGAGAAGAGAGAGACAGGCAGGUCGAUUUCGCUUCCUCAAUCGGCAGCGAGGCCAAUAUAUGGGCGCAACAGAUGGGGUGAAGGAGAAGCCGAGACGGCAGAGACGGAGGCAAAGAAGACGGCGAAGGGUAGAGGAGAGACGGGAGGUGUCUCUCUGAACGAGAAGGUGGACAAAGAUGCAGAGAGAGACCAAUGGAUGCAGAGGAUGUGUGGAAGCAGCGUUUCCAGCGCCGCAACGGGGAAGAGCCGAUCUCCAGCACGUGCACGCGACCGCGUUCCAUCGCGAACUGUGAUUCAACAGCCCGAACUGUACAGACACCUCGCGUGCGGCGGGCCUCUGUUUCCUCCUCCGCUCUGCGUGUUUCUCCUGGGGCCCUCGACGCAGGAUCUCCUGCGUGCCUGCCUCACAGCCGUCAGCAGGCGCCUGGUCCUCGGGGUCUGUCGCCUUCUCGGCUUUGCGGGAGAUCCCGACGUUCGCGAAGGGGGAUUCUGUUCUCUUCACGAAGAACGCAAACAGGCGAGCUCCGGUUCGCGUUCACCGUUCAAACUGCAGAGCCUCUUCAACCCGGGGAGUUGUCUCCUACGGACAGCUGUGAGAGCUGGUGAGCGCCUUCGUCGCCUGUGUCGGACGGGGCUCCUGUGCAGGCAGUUUGGACGGAAAGCGGCAGAACGGCAGGGCGAACGAGAAGACGGUUCCGCGGCGGAUAAAGCGACAGGGAACGCCGUCCUCUGUGCCUGCACACUCCGACAGAGACGCGUAGCUGACGAAGGGGCGAACGUUUCUUCUCUCGCGUCGCCACGCCCGACAGCGCCAGCCAGACGUCCUGGCUUCACGCCUCCGCCCCAGUCCCCCCAUCGUCUGUUUUCUCCCUCAAAACUCGUGCGGCCGUCCCCUACCGAUGCUGCUCCGCCUUUCUCUUCUCUUUCGCUCUCUGUCGCCCAGCUAGGAACCCUUCUAAUGCAUGCGCUCGCGCGGAGACUGGUGUCUCUUCUCGCCCCCUUUGACUAUUUGCCGCCCUUCGGGCUUUGUGGGGUGCCGCCGUUCGUGUUAGCUGAUGCGGAGCUCUGCUGGCCGACACGGAAGGGGUUUGGUUUCUGCAGCCGUCAUUCCGAACAAAGUGAGCAGGGGCGAGCGAAGACGCCAAAGGGAGACAGCGAGAAACACAAACUGACGGAGACAGUUUCCAUUACAGGACGGAAAGUCGCAGAAGAUCUGCGAGAGUGUCUGAGAGAUUUCCAGUUCCGCGACCUCCGCUUUGGCCGGUGA